AUAAAAGAUGUAGGGAAACCUAGAAAUCAUAGGAGAAACCAAACAUCAAGGCUAGACAAAAAGCCGUCUCGACCGGUACUAUUUGAAAAGAUCUUUCAAGGCGUAGUUGAUCAACCAGCAAUGCCCCAGAAAGACCGCCCACAGGAUAGUGUUCUGUGUGAUCUUGGACGAAAACUAGGCAUCCGGGUCUAGGUUGAUUAGGGCCCCACGUCUGCCUACGCUAGUAGCCGCCAAGCCGACCUCCGUACGUCCAUCACGAUGAGUUCAUAAAUCUGCAUUAUCCCGCAGACGAAACUUGAGCACAUAUCGCAAUCAAAAUGUCUAUAAUUGACCUCCCGCUGGAAUUGCUGCAACUGAUCGGAAGUGACCUCAAUCAUAAGGACACACGCAACCUGAUAUCCACCUCGCAUCGAAUGCACAGCGUGUUUCAACGGAAACUCUACACGAACGUGACUCUCGGAACAAAAAAAGCGAAUACGGCCCAGAGUUUUCUCUACACUAUCGCCCGGAACCCGAAAUUGGCUGGCUGGGUCCAGUCUCUGGCACUUGCGGCCUGGGAAACCUACGACGACUGGGAAACCAACAGGAAACCCGAGAAAACCAUCGAAAGACCCAAUUUUGACGGUGCUCUUAUUCGGAAAAUAGUUGAUGAAGCAAGCGACUACCCCGAAGAAGAGAAAUCGAAAUGGCUACAGGAUCUCGAGGAGUUUUACGACGAUGCCUGGCUCGCAUUGCUCAUUCCCCGACUGACAAGUCUACGGAAAAUCAGCUUUGAAUGGCCGUUCGGCUCCUCCCAUGUUAGCAUAAUGCUCAACAAAGCUGCUAUCAAUGAAGGAGCUUGUUUCCCUCAUCUUGAAGAAGUUAACAUGUGUUGGUAUGAUACGGAAAAUGCCGUCGCCUCGUAUCAGAUGCAUCCGUUCUUCAAAUUUCCAUCUGUGCGCAAAGUCAGUGGGUGGAGAGUCGCGGAGAAUGCUAAGGAGGAAGAGGAUCUUGGGCCAGACUCUACUGAGAUUCCUGACCCUACUGAGAUUCUCAAGGAUCUUAGCCUCCCACCUCGAUGUUCAAAUGUAACGAAUAUUGAUCUCUCGAAAACCAAUGCUGCGGAGGGAAUGCGAGAAUGGAUCCGGGCCUGCAAAACGCUAAAGUCCUUCCGGAUCAUCCAUGGUGGAGCAUGCAUCUCAUUUGAUAAUAUACAGCCCCGAAAACUCUACAAUUCACUCUCACUGCACAAAUCCACACUGGAGGCUAUCUGGGUUGAGCACGACGAAUACGCAUUAGACGGCCAUAAGGACCAUGAGUGGAUGGGGUCAUUUGUCGAUUUUUCUGCCUUGAAAUUUCUCCGUCUCAGUUUAUACAAUCUCGUGGGACUCAAAGAACAAGGCUCACUCAAACGAAAGAUAAGUGAUGUGAUUUCCUCGUCACUGGACACAUUGUUCCUGGACAUUAGGUGGGAGGACUUUUGUGACGUCCUAGACGACUUGGCGGAGAUAGCCACUUCAGGGAAGUUCCCUACGAUUGCCACGGUUCAUAUUGAGACCUACAAGCAAUCAAGUAGUCCAGAGGAGGAUGUAAAAGUUGAAUGGUUACAACAGAGGUGUCAAGAGGUUGGAGUUGCGUGUCAUGUGCAUGAUACAAGGAGUCGUGAGUACAUGGAAGGUAUUCGGCUUCGGAAAAGCCUUUGGCCACAGUGCGAGGCAGAAGACCCCAACUAUGCUUGAUAGAGACUUCCUAUAUAUUUCAAAGGACACACAGGGAGGUACUGUAGAUCGCGAAAGAGUGGCUCUAACCGGGGCUAAACCUGGAAGCGAUCAACAUUUCCCAGCAAUCUUUCUCCGCAGAACGUUCCCAGCCGUAUCCUUCAUCCGCUCCCAGGAGGAACUAGGUGGCAGAGCUAAGUCUUGUUCCGUGUCGUUUGCCACCACACAAUUAUUCAGUUUUACCCUCCACUAGAUCUGGUAAUGAACAAAAUCUAACCGUCGCUUCCCGAG